UACUCCGACUUGACGAUUUCCUUCUCAGUUCCCGCCACUCCAUCUCUCCGCUCGAAGCCUUAGAUUAUCUCGUUUCCUCUCCCUCGCCUUCAAAAAUUAUCCUGGGAACCAAACCGAAAGUUAGGGUUUCAGAUGUCAUUCUUUAAACCCUCCCUCUCCCAAUUUAGCCCAAGCUCACCACCAAAUUGACUAAUUUCCCUCUGCCAGUUAAACAACCGGGUAAAAAAUUGAAUCUCCAGCCUAAGAUUUUUUUUUUUGGGCACUUUGGUUUGUAUUAGCUCUCGUAAAUGCCAUUUUUGUAUUUGUGGAAUGGCCAAUUCCAGUCAAGAUUUCUCUCAAUUGAACAUUUCGGAAGAGGAAAAGGACAAGCUUGUAGCGGAAGUGAUACGAUACGUGCUUUUUAAAACGCACCAGAACUCUGGGUGUCCGAUCAAGAGGGAUGAACUUACUCAGAUAGUGACUAGAAAUUACCACCAGCGAUUGCUUCCUACUCUUGUCAUUAAUGAGGCCAUAGCUAAGCUUUCCACCAUAUUUGGCUUCGAGUUGAGGGAGCUUCAAAGAUCUCGUCCUUCCUCCACGAAUCAGCAAAGUGUUGCUGAUGCUAAAUCAUAUGUUCUCAUCAGUAACCUACCUGUAGAUGUUUACAAGAAAUAUGUUGAUGACGAAACCACAGCACAUCUAACUGGUUUUACAUUUGUGGUAAUUAGUAUUGUGCAUCUUGCCGGAGGCAAAAUCCCAGAGGAACAUCUUUGGCAUCAUUUGAGGCGGAUGGGUUUACAUGAAACUGAUGAAAGCCAUCCUGUUCUUGGAAACAUUAAACAAGCAUUGGAGACACUCGUCCAGCAAAGAUAUUUGCAGAAGGACAAAGUUAACAGUCCUGAAGGUCAUACUUUGUUUUAUGAGCUUGCUGAGAGAGCUUUAGAUGGCCCAGUUAAUGACAGAAUUAAAGAAUACAUAUCACAGAUUGUGAACAAGGAAGUUGCCACUGUGGAACUUGAGUAAUACUCUAGAGUCAACUCUUUAGCAACUAAGUGGAGGAAACUACAGUUCGAUCUUCUUAUCAAAUGGGUUUCCCUACUUUGAGGACUGUUCUCAUGCACAUCAACUGUUUUUGCAUUUUGGAGUAAAGGGUCUGAAGUCUGCUUCCUGUUUAGGAAGCUGGGAAAUUUUUGCAAGAAAUACCAGAGAGUAAUUUGCAUUGUGCAUUCUUUUUUUUCUUUCUUUUCGUUUUGUUUUGCACACAACUUACUUGCAUUGGAGUUGCAACAUGGGUCCUGCAUCACCCCCAUUGAGUGGUUUGCUUGAAGUAACUUCUGACCCUGCAUUCUAUUACGUAGUGUUUGGAAGAAAUGCACAUGGAAAUUCACACUUGCAAAUGAAUUUUACUGAAGAAAUUCAUUUGUUUAGUCAAAUUCAUUUGUAAAUGAAUUUUUAUGUUUGGAUCAGCAAUAGAGUUUGUGCUAAAUAUAUAACUUUACUAAUUCGUGCGCUGAAUUCAUUAGCUAAAA